GCCCCCUGCGGCCGGGCAGCGGGAGGCCGGGCGAGGAAGCAGUGCCCGCUGCGGCCCCAUGCUGCUGCCCCUGGCCUGUCUGCACGGUCGGGUGACACAGUGUCUCACCGCGCUCCUGGUGCUCACGGAGCCGCCCCCGAGGCCCGUGCGUGGCGGGAGGGCGCACGGUGCACCGCCCCCGAGCGCGGAGGCCACCCUGCCUGUGAAGAUGGCCGCGGAGUUGUACGCGCCUGCAGGCGCCACGGCCGCCACCGCCACGGACAUCGUCAACAGCAACGCCACCGCCGCUGCCGUAGGCAGGAAGGCCCUGCCUAGUGCUCCGCCGCCGGCCGCGCCCCCGCCUGAGCCCUCGCCGCCAGCUCCCGACAACAACAACUUGGAGAGCCCCAACUGGCAGUCCUUCCACCCGACCCUGCGCGAGAGGAACGCGCUGAUGUUCAACAACGAGCUCAUGGCCGACGUCCACUUCAUUGUGGGCCCCCCGGGCGGGGCCCGGAGAGUGCCUGCCCACAAGUAUGUCCUGGCCGUUGGCAGCUCAGUCUUCUAUGCCAUGUUUUAUGGGGAUCUGGCAGAAGUCAAGGCGGAAAUCCACAUUCCCGACGUGGAGCCUGCUGCAUUCCUGAUCAUGUUGAAGUACAUGUACAGUGAUGAGAUUGACCUGGAAGCAGACACAGUGCUGGCCACUCUCUACGCUGCCAAGAAGUACAUCGUCCCUGCAUUAGCAAAAGCAUGUGUCCACUUUCUGGAGACAAGUCUGGAAGCCAAAAACGCCUGUGUCCUGCUGUCUCAGAGCCGACUGUUUGAGGAGCCCGAGCUGACCCAGCGCUGCUGGGAGGUCAUCGACGCGCAGGCGGAGAUGGCCCUGAGGUCCGAGGGCUUCUGUGAGGUUGACUGGCAGACCCUGGAGAUCAUCGUUGCCCGGGAGGCCCUCAACACCAAGGAGGCGGUGGUCUUUGAGGCUGUGCUGAGCUGGGCUGAGGCGGAGUGCAAGAGGCAGGGCCUGCCGGUCACCCCACGCAACAAGAGGCAUGUUUUGGGGCCAGUCCUCUACCUGGUCCGAAUUCCAACUAUGACCCUGGAGGAGUUUGCGAAUGGCGCUGCCCAGUCGGACAUCCUGACCCUGGAGGAGACGCACAACAUCUUCCUGUGGUACACGGCGGCCAACAAGCCCCCACUGGACUUCCCACUAACCAAGAGGAAGGGUCUGGCCCCACAGAGGUGCCACCGCUUCCAGUCUUCCGCCUACCGCAGCAACCAGUGGCGCUACCGCGGACGCUGCGACAGCAUCCAGUUUGCCGCGGACAGGAGGGUGUUUGUUGCGGGGCUGGGCUUGUAUGGGUCUAGCUCCGGAAAAGCCGAGUACAGCGUGAAGAUCGAGCUCAAGAGGCUAGGGGUGGUCCUUGCCCAGAACCUGACCAGGUUCAUCUCUGACGGCUCCAGCAGCACCUUCUCGGUCUGGUUCGAGCACCCUGUGCAGGUGGAGCAGGACACCUUCUACACAGCCAGCGCUGUCCUGGACGGCAGCGAGCUCAGCUACUUCGGGCAGGAGGGCAUGACGGAGGUGCAGUGCGGGAAGGUGACCUUCCAGUUCCAGUGCUCCUCAGACAGCACCAAUGGCACCGGGGUGCAGGGUGGGCAGAUCCCCGAGCUCAUCUUCUACGCCUGAGGCGCCGGCCAUAGCUGGUUGGGACACACUGUGGGGGACGCAGGGAAGGUGGCACUCACUCUCUGCAGCAGCUGGUGGGCAUCAUGCACUUUGUGAAUCUUUUGUACGUGGUCGGCUGUCGCCGAAUGUAUGAAAUAGACAUUUUCUACACAGCCAGAGCAUUGGUUUCCGAAUGCUAGCGACUGGGCCUCGUGAUGUCUCCAACGCAGUGCGCUGGGGUGCCUAUGGCAGGUGGAGGGCAGGCUGGGGGCAGACGGCAGCUCCAACUCCACCGGUGCCACCCACGCCGACUGCUAGGUGGGAUUGGCUGUCUCUCCCACGCUCUUGAAUUUUAUUCUAAGUGGUUCUAAGUGUCAGAUUUUCCCUUCAAGUCUGAAACCUGGGAACAGUCACUUCAAAUAGCUUACCUUGAGUUUUAAUAAAGUGAGAGCCACACAUAGA